AAAUAUGAAAACCCGGUAUUGGGUCGUGUAUUGGAGGAAGUGUGUCAAACUUUUCAUUUACCUCUUACUCAAUACUGGACCUGUAAAGGCGGUUUUUACUACUCGCUAAAUCAAUUCAGUGGUAGGGAUUUUGAAAAUUUGGCGCCAUGGUGUCAGUUCAAAGAUGCUUGUUUGUGCAAGGGCUUCAAUCGCCUACUUGGCGUCUCAAAUCGAUCAGCUGGAGCCUUUUUCUGCAGCAAUAUAUCAGCAUUAAGCAUUACUAAAUAUCACUUGGCACAUUAUGCAAAAAACUUGGGAUCAAUUGCUUGUUUUACGAUCUACUUGCUUGUUUUAGAAGAAGAAAAAGAAUAUGGAAGAGAAUAUGCACUCGAGUUCUUUCUGCCUUCUCAAGAAAUGGAUAAUGAUUACCCUCAAACUUUGUUGAAUUGUAUAUGGACAAAAGUUAGGGAAUCUCUUCCAAAUUGUAAGCUCGCUGCAAGAGAGAGAGAAAAACCAGGACAAGUGUUACUAGUCAAGGUUAUCAACUCUUCGACCCACUCUCAACCCAAGUCAUUUGAAGUUGGUCACCCCCAAAGUUCUCUUCCUCACAAUGAAGGCUCAGAGUUUACUCACACUUUAGAAUUGUUUGAAAAAGGUCCUAAUCAAAUUAGCAAUUCAAAAUCUUAUGAAGAGGCUGCAGUAGGGGAAACGUCAAUAAGAAUAUUAAAUGAAGCUUCCCAGCCUAGGGGAUCUGAAGAAUACUUCAACACAAAUGGGAAAAAAGUGACUGCUGAGAGAGAUAAUCUGGUAGAAGUGUCAUCUGAUGAUGAAGAUGUUGAACCUGUGACCCCUGAAUCAGAACAAUUGAAGAAAUCUAAAAUACCUUGUACUGUAGAGAAUGUUAAUAAGCAUUUUGGAAGACCACUAAAAGAUGCAGCAAAGAGCUUUGGUUUGAGUCAAUCAACAGUCAAGCGCAUAUGUAGAGAUGUUCAUAUUGAAUGCUGGGAAUCUGGCAAGAGUCAAAAGACAGAUGGUAAAUCGGAGGCAAAAGACUUUUCAUUAGCCACGUCUAGCUUGCCAAAUAGAUGCGUUGCUACUGAUAUAAGUCAGGACAUUAAUAUGAUGACCGUAAAGGUCACAUAUGAUGCUCGUACCAUAAGGUUUGAACUACCUAGUUCAUCAGGGCUUGAAGAGUUGGAGAAUAGUGUGAUUAAGAGGCUGCAAUUGGAUAGAAAAAGUUUCAGUAUCAAGUAUCAAGAUGACGAGGAUGAUUGGAUUGACAUUACUUGUGACGAGGACGUACAAGAAUGUAUGAAAGUCUCGAGAUCACUUAAGAAGCCAACUAUCAAAAUGAAGCUUGGUCCCGCCUAUUAA